CAUCCCUUUCGUUUGAUCAGCUUCGGUACAAGCUGUGUCCGACUGGACGGACACUUCAGACCACUUGUACUCUCGUGCUUCACCGAAAGGGCCAGAUACGAUAUGCUCCGCCGCGGCAUCAUCACGUUGUUCCUGUGGUACACAUCGCUACUGAGGCAACCACUCGUUCGUGCGGUCACAGUGAACUCGUUCCCGGCCAAGGCUGUGGUCGAAUAUGCCCUCCCAGCUGCUGCUCAGACUCACGAGAUCCUCGCUGUCAACGACAAUCUCCUGCUCGUCUCUCAGCAAACCGAUGGUAGCUUAGUGAAGAUAAGGCUUGACAGCAUCGGACGGCCCGUUGGUGCUCGAAAGUGGAUGGUGACAAAUCAAUGGUCUGGUCUUCAUGGGCUGGCGCUGCACUCGGGGUCUGGGGGUGACCCAUCCAUUUGGGCCACGGCCCAGUUCGACAACGUUAUUCUCCAGAUCGACCCGCAAGGAAACGACAUCAACUCAAGACCACAAGUCGUCAAGACCAUUCCCAUACCCCCACCUGCAUUCGGUCCUCAUGGCGUGCUGGAAAACGACGGAAACCUGUGGGUAGCGUGCAAGGACAGCUCGCACGUGGUGCGAAUCAGCAUCGACAACCCGGACGACCAUCAGGUCUGGGCCGUGAGCGGCCGCCCCAUCUUCACCGCCGUGCAUCCUCAAAGCGGCGACGUCUUCGCGAGCCUCGAUCUCAGCAGCAGGAUCUGGCACUACAAAAACGACGGGGGAAACGGCGAGGAGAUCGCGAUCCCGGCGGAGAAGGGCGCCACGCCCGUCGGCUUGGUCGUCGGACCGGACAAGAACGCCUGGGUCGUUCUCCUGGGCAACAAGACCGCGGGGACGGGCACAUUCGGACGCAUCAACAGCGACGUGUCGAUCGACUGGUUCGCCAUGACGUCGGCGACGGGCAGCACCGCGCCCCUCAUCCACCUCGCGUUCGACGGCGAUCCGACGCGGUUCUGGCUCCUGGGCUCCUCGACGACGUGCAGCUCCUGCGUCAACGCGGUCUUCACUGUGAGCGUCCACAGCGGCUCCGAGGGCGGAACCGCAAAGCCCGGCGUCGCCGUCCAGAACACGAUCGUGCUGCCCACCCAGAUGAGCUGGACCCACCGUAUGAUCUCGCAUCGCGGAAACCUCUACAUAACCGAACUGACGACCUCGACGCUCGCGUUCGUCGCCGGAGCUGCCGUCAACGGGCUGAACACCAGCGAGACCUGGGACCAGUAUUCGAAUUACGGUCUGGGCUUCAAGGCCGAUGUCAUUGGUUAUAACAACUCCGUCUUCUGAAUAACGGUCGAGUCGACCGACGUAAGCAAAUAUGCGGAAGGCAACGUCCCCGAGGAUAGACAGGACGUACAUAGUUUAUUGUCGCCGAUUCAAAAGAAUCGCUAAAAGGGACAAAGUUCUAGAUGCGACUAGCUUGCCAACACAACUCUAGAGCAGGUUUGGGAAGAAUGUCUAUUAGGUUUACUCUAGGUGAACAAAUUCGCAUUGAUCUGCC